UAAAAAUGUCGCGGAAUCUGGCAUUGUAUUUCUCAAACUUCUUGCAAAGAUUGGAGGCAUUGCUGCCGGCCAUAUUCCCUCAGGGAUCAUUGCCACCAGCAUUUGCUGUGGCCGGUCUACCAUCGACAUACGAUCGCCUCACCCGCAAUCAAACUCCUUCACGUUCCCUAAAAGACAUCAUUGGUGAUGGCAUCCUAUGGGCUGUACCCAAACAUCGUCGCACCAUCGAGAAACGUCUGAAUCGUAAAUUCGGCUAUCCCGAAUACAAUUGGAAGCUGUUGCGUGUCAAGACACAUUUACGUUCAUGCAAUCAAUGUGGUCAUGAUUAUGAAGCUGGCCACCUGUGUCCACACUGCUACAAUAAGGUGCGCGAUGAAACCAAACAAAUGCAAGAUAAAAUUCAAGAGCAGUUGGGGCUAAAUCCAAUUGAACAGGAUGUUGUGGUGCUGUAUGAGGGAGAACGCGGUGAACAACCAUCGGAAAUGUUGAAUGGAAAACGUAUUGUUGAAAUGCCAAAACCACGUCCAAUUUGGUUCACAAAGAAUUUGUUGCAGAAGACCACACAGCAGCCAUCGAAUUCCAAAGAAGUUAAACCAAAUGAUUUGGCUUAA